AUGAAAAAUGGUGAUUAUUAUACCUAUAAAGAAGCUAAUAAGCCAAACGCCCAUCAUUUUGCCAGAAAUAUUACAAAUGAAAUUAAAAGUGUCAAAUUGAAAAAGUCAAAACGGAUUGAACUAAAAACAGAGAAGGAAACUCUCUUUAUUGAAAAACAAAAAUCAUCAAUUAUAUGGUUAGAUGAUUUCAGUAAUUCUUCAAAUUCAAUAAAAACAAACUAUAAUAAAUUUCAGCAGCAUUUCUGAACAAAAAACUUUAAAUACACAGAUAACUCAGAAGCUUUCAUUAAUAUUUGCAAAAAGCAAAGUAGAAAGCAGAAAAUUUUAUUGAAUUAUCCAAUGGUUAAGCAAAUCAAUAAAGAAUGAGGUGAAUUUUUUUUUUCAUUUGAAAUGAAUUAUAAAUGAUACAAACAAAUAAUUGCUAUUUUUCAAUAUAUUGUAGUAAAGUAUUUUCGAAAUUUCAAAAGGGCUCAAAAUUGGAGAGGAAAGAAAGAAUGAAAGAUUGGUUGCAAAAAAACCAAAAAACGAUGUUUGCUGAAUGGUUUAACAAAAUUUACUGAGGCAAAAGAAGCAGUUUAUAAUUAUUUGAAAUGAAAUCCAUUUAAACCAAAGAUUUAA